CACAACCUUUCUCGCACCUUCAACAAACCUUCGAACGAGCUGAACAAGGCCCAAACUACCGCAGAUGUCGCUGACCCAAGCGGCCACCCGACUUCUCCGGCGCGACGAUGACGAAGACUGCGUCUGGGUCGAGCCCGGGCCCAACGGCCACGUGCCCCCGAGCGAAACGGCCUGCAACUCCUACUACAACUUCAACCCCCAAUUUGCCCCUGCCGUAGCCGUUGCCGUCAUCUUUGGCAUCUUUACCGGGAUCCAUGUCGUCGAGGCCUUUGUCUUUAAGAAGCGAUACGCCUGGGUCCUCAUCAUGGGGGCCUUGUGGGAGACGCUCGCGUUCGUGCUGCACUCGCUCGGGUCCCGGGACCAGCAGAACGAGGGCUACUCCACGUCGUGGACCCUGCUGUUCCUGCUGGCGCCACUGUGGAUCAACGCGUUCGUGUACAUGACGUUCGCGCGCAUGGUGCUGUACUGGCACCCGGAGAACGGCGUGGCCGGCCUGCGCUCCGUCGUCAUCGCCCGCUUCUUCGUCUUUGCCGACAUCCUCAGCUUUGUCGUCCAGCUCGUCGGCGGCUUCAUGGCCACCGCUCAGCUCCACGGCAAGCUCGGCCUCGCCGCCGUGUACGUCUACAUGGCCGGCGUGGGCCUCCAGCAGUUCUUCAUCCUCGUCUUCCUCGGCCUCAUGAUCGCCUUCCAGCGACGGUGCAGCCGCGAGCCGCUCUACGACGAUGAUGGCGACUCCGACGCCGCCGCCGACAAGCCAAGCUGGAGACCGCUGCUGUACGGGCUCUAUGCCGUCUUGGUCUUUAUCACCAUCCGCAUCAUCUUCCGGCUGAUCGAGUACUCGAGCGGGUUCGGCCUCGACAACCCGAUCCCGCUGCACGAGGAGUACGCGUACGCGCUCGACUGCUUCCCCAUGAUGGCCGCCCUCCUGAUCCUCGCCGUCCUCCACCCGGGCCGCUACCUGCGCGGGCCCGAGAGCGAGUUCGUCCGGCUGUCGCGGAAGGAGAAGAAGGCCCGCAAGCGGGAGAAGAAGGAGGCACGAAAGGCGGAGAAGGAAGCACGGAAGGCGGAUAGGGAGGCCAGGAGACAGGCCGGGAGGGAGAAGAGGUCGGCAGAGCAGAGGGCAACCGACGAAGCGAACUCAUCCCUGCUUGCUUGAUCGGACGCGACGGUGGUGUCUGUGGCCCCUGUCCCCACUCAGUCGGUCGGCUGGCUGGCUGGCUCGCUGGCUGGUUUGACCAUGAUCUCACAAUGCCAG